GAGCAAAUUAUUCAAAAGCCAAAAAAAGAAAAGGCGUUUAGUUUACAAUUCAAUUCAACAAUGAAAGCUGUUCUGAUCAGAACCGGUUCGGUCCCGUUACUAUCGCCCGGUUCGCCCCGAGUCGCACUCUACCUGAACGACUCCAUUUCCGGCGUAUUCACCGGCGAGAAGAGCUCCGUCACUUCCCCGAAGGUUUCUCUCCAUUUGGACACCAAUGGCCGGAGAGACGGGGGGAUGCGGAGGGCGUAUUCGGAAACCGACAUGAUCCGAUCCGAAUCCGGGAUAUCCAGAAUGAGCGGAGUCGGAUCUCGAUCAUUUCCGUCCAUAAUACCCGAGGAAGAGUACGUAUCGGAUAGCGAACUCGGAUCGCGGGGUUUGAAGACAAACGGCGCUGGAGUAUGGCCGGAAAUUGGAAUUCCGGUGGAGGAGCUAGAGUUCUCUGACGGAGGAGGAUUCGAUAAAGGAAGGAAAUCCGGUGGCGGAGAUAACGGAAUCGGAAACGACGAAGAGAAGAGCAAGAUGGCAGCAUAUUAUUUAGAAAUGGUCAAGUCGAAUCCUGGUGAUUCACUUUUGCUUCGAAACUACGCUAAAUUCCUGCACGAGGUGGUGAAAGAUACAGUGAGAGCGGAAGAGUAUUAUGGAAGAGCUAUAUUAGCAAGUCCUGGAGAUGGAGAAUUAUUGUCUCUGUACGGAAGGCUUAUAUGGGAGACACAGAGAGAUGGAGAUAGAGCCAAAUCUUACUUCGAUCAAGCCGUUUAUGCCUCCCCCCAUGACUGCAUGGUUUUGGGAUCAUAUGCGCAGUUUAUGUGGGAAGCGGAGGAGGAGGAGGAGGAGGAUGAAAAUGAAGAAAGCAAAGAUAUAAGUGGAUCGUCGCAGUCACCGGCUGUGGUUGCUGGUUUUUGAGGAUGUUUACCAGUGACCAUGGUCGAUAACAUGAUGCUGUUGACAAGGAUUAUAGCUGUGGAAUACUCUGCUACUUUGCUACCACUAACAUCAACUACCAAAAAAAUAUAUAUAUAAGGAACUUGAAUAAUAAUGAAAUUAUGUUGCAUAUAGUGUUAUAGAAUAUAGUAUGCGUGUACGAAUCCAACUGGAAGCUCUUGUCUUUAGAAGGCAAUAAGAAGAAGGUGGAAGAGAAGAGGGAGAGGUGUGUGUUGUUUUGUACAGUGUAAUAUUGUUCUAGAUGAGGUCUGACCGACUUAUCACUUUUAUCCAUUUUCGAUUAGUCUAA